UGUAUGUGUUUCCGGUAGCAGUUAAGCUAGCCGUGUACAGUUUGACGCGCGGCGAGAAGGCGCUGCCAAGUCUGACAACAACAUAUACGUUGCAUUUGCAGCUAAAUAUCAAACGCCAUGGUCUCAUAAACAGGAGGAAGAACACACGGGUCCAUGUUUGGUAGGUGACCGGAGUCAGUCGAGUUACGAAGUGGACGCUGGAGAGGCGAACAUGAGCUCCGAGCACCAGAGCGACAGCGAGGACGCGGACGAGUCGCGGGACAGGCCCAACGGCGGCAGCGACAAAGAGGAAGACCCUGACAUCGACGACUCGGACGUGGAGGAUGACCCCCCUCAGAGGGUUUCUCCUCCCCGGCCGGACCGUACUGCAGCUGGGUCCCCUGCGUCCCGAGAACAGGAGCCCUCCUCCUGCCAGCCGCCCGCCGCCGCCGCGCCGCAGACCGGGAGCGGCGAGGGCUCCAGCAGCAGCGACGUCCGCAGCGGGAGCAGCCUGUUCUCAUGGCUGCAGAGAAGGACCAUAAGAAGAGGGGUGUUUGUGGACCCGGCUAGAGACAACUUCAGGACAAUGACUAACUUGUACUGCUCAAUGAACCCGGCUGCAGAGUCUGUGAACCUGAGCACUCAGACUCAUGGAGCUGUGUUCAACCUGGAGUACUCCCCGGAUGGGUCUGUGCUGACUGUGGCCUGUGAGCAGACUGAAGUCCUUCUGUUUGAUCCCAUCUCAUCCAAACACAUUAAAACUCUGACGGAGGCCCACGAGGAUUGCGUCAACAACAUAAGGUUUUUGGACAAUCGCUUGUUUGCCACCUGCUCUGACGACACCACGAUUGCAUUAUGGGAUCUGCGUAAGCUGAACUCGAAGGUUUGCUCGCUGCACGGCCACGCCAGCUGGGUGAAGAACAUCGAGUACGACACGAACACUCGCCUCCUCGUCACGUCGGGCUUCGACGGAAACGUCAUCACGUGGGACACCAACAGGUUCACAGAGGACGGCUGCCCACACAAAAAGUUCUUCCACACGCGAUACUUAAUGAGGAUGCGUCUGACUCCAGACUGCUCCAAGAUGCUCAUCUCCACCUCCUCGGGGUAUCUGCUCAUCCUCCACGACCUGGACCUCACGCAGUCCCUGGAGGUGGGCAGCUACCGGAUGCUGCGAGCGAGACGGACUCCCCUCAGCUCAGAUGGCGGCACAUCAACGUCUCGAUCAGCUGGAACUCCUCGUCAAGGAAACGACUCCAGCAAGCUCCACCCUCACAGGGAAGGUAUUUCUCCAAGGAACAGCCUGGAGGUUUUGACUCCAGAGAUCCCCGGAGAGAGAGACCGAGGGAACUGCAUCACCUCCCUGCAGCUCCACCCAAAAGGCUGGGCCACGCUCAUCAGGUGCUCCAGCAACAUGGACGAUCAGGAGUGGACGUGUGUGUACGAGUUCCAGGAGGGAGCGCCAACCCGCCCGCUCGUCUCCCCCCGCUGCUCCCUCCGCCUCACCCACUACAUCGAGGAGGCCAACGUGGGCCGGGGCUACAUCAAAGAGCUGUGCUUCAGCCCGGACGGACGACUCAUCUGCUCCCCGUACGGCUACGGCGUCCGCCUGCUGGCCUUCGACGAGAACUGCGGCGAGCUGGCCGACUGCAUGCCCGUCCAGACCAGCUGCCUCCGGGAGAUCCGCUCCAUCUACUCGCACAGCGACGUGGUGCUCACCACCAAGUUCUCCCCCACACACUGCCAGCUGGCCUCAGGCUGCCUUAGCGGACGAGUCGCCCUUUAUCAGCCCAAGUUUUAGAGCGCGGAGCUUGUCGGAGGAUGACGAGCCGCAGAGCCGGGUGAAGAAGUGCAGAGAGCUAGAAGAGAAUGUAGUCGAUGAUUUCAACACUACAUCUACAGCGCCCUGCGUACGUACUCACCACAUGUAGUCUUUAAACAUCUGACAAAGUUACAACCAGGAAUUUAAAUAAACUUACUUUUUAAUCCGUUUUUUAAGAAGUCCCAAAUCUUUGGGACGAGUAUUCACAUGAAGGUGAUUGGUUGCACCUUAUCUUUGUUACUUCAAAGCUUGGUGUGUUUUUAUUUCUUAGUCAUUUUGGGUAUCAUGUUGAAUGAAUCCCACCUUUCACAUCUAUGGAGUAUUUAUUGUUGGUGUUUUACAAACAACCCUGAUGAAAUAUGAAGUUGUAACGUGUCAAAAUGUGGAAGAUUUCAGUGAGGUUGAGUACUUAUGCACUUCUGGCCUCCUCCAAGUAUGUAAAAACCACCGUGUAAGGUGAAAUAAAAGUCUCCCAGCAUUUGUUUUAAAGUGCUGAAGUGGACCAAAGAGGUGGGAUUUAUUAAACACAGAUAUUCCACUAUCAGUAGAUGGAUUACUGUGAUUUUCCUGGAAUCUCCUCCCAUCCAGCAUCUUAAACCAUCAAUCCUAGAAGCACUUCUUCACUCAGCUCUGCGGCUGUGAAACACUGAAUUUUAGGAUAUUGGAAUUUGAUCGGAAAGACGACUUCAGCUGUGGCUCACUGAUCGGGCGACAGUAGUGGAUUAAAAUCUUUCAUCUUUGACCUCAAGAAGAAGUGAAACACUUUGAGGAAGUCAGACUGGAGGAACCGACUCCUGAUCAAGUGGAGGAGAGGGUUUAAAUCCCAAAGUGCAACUUGGCAUUGAAGAGAAACAGACUCUGCAGUUCAUUUUUUUUUCGUACUAAAAAUGGAUUUGUCUCUAUAACAGUAGAAAACUUUGAUUAUAUUGAGACUCGGCACGUCCUGUUGUUGUUGACAAAAAACACUAAGGAUGCAAACAAGCGGACAGACGGAUAUCGCUCCAUCCAUCCUCUAUAACGCCACAGGAUUAAAAAAGUCUGUCGCCUGCGCUGUCGUUUAUCGUUUGACACGGAGUCCUCCGCUGCGGAUCGUAUCGCUCUGCUCAUGCCUUCUCCACAGGUGCUGCUUCUCUGCUCAAACAAUCUGAACUUUGACCCCAAACCCCCUUCAGCUCAGACCUCCAGGACCUCAUCGCCAACGCCUUGUCCCUCUUUUUACCCGCCGCGCCUUCUGUUCUCCACCCUCACCCCCCUGUUUUCCACCCUCAUGCUCUCCAGUGGUUUAGGUUUGUAGUGGUUUUGCUGGUGUAUUUAUGAUGGCACUACUAGUUCACAGUGUUUGAUUCGUUUGAGUCACUGUUCGCAAUCAUUGAGGCAGCUUAAGGUCUAAUUACAGUUCUCAUUACCCGUCACAGGUUUGUGUUUUUAUCCUAACCUUAAUGCUGUCUGGACAAAAUAAAGUCUAACUUCUGUCAGUG